AUGGAGUGCAAAAGAAUUGCGCCUCCAUGGAGCACAAAAGAAUUGCGCCUCUUGUGGAUAGUGUUCACAAGUUCAGUUCAGUCCGGUUUUUUGCCCCCAAAACGCGCAACCGUGGACCGCAACCGGUCUAGGACCAAUCCAGAUAUUCAGGGAACCGAACCGAACCACCUAGGACCGGUCUUUUGCGGUCUAUGGAGCCGGUUCAGACCGAUCCAGACCGGUUUUUUUGCGUAUAAUUUAUUAUACCAAUAUAAACCAUUUAUAUCUCAACUAUUAUUACUCUGAAAAAUAAACGGCUUCCAUAAAAUGGUAAAGCAUGUAAAUAUCCGUCAUUCUACCAAUUUGUAAGAGAUUUAAUGAAGAUUUGACAUA